AUGGCGCAUUCCCACGACCACUCGCACUCCCACGACAACAUCGCCGAUCAUGGCCACUCCCACGAGAUCCUCGAUGGUCCGGGCUCCUACAUCAACCGCGAACAGCCGCUGAUCGAGGGCCGUGACUGGAGCGACCGGGCCUUUACCAUUGGCAUUGGCGGACCCGUCGGCUCAGGAAAGACGGCUCUCAUGCUCGCUCUCUGCAAAGCCCUCCGAGACGAAUACAACAUCGCCGCCGUGACAAACGACAUCUUCACCCGGGAGGACGCCGAAUUCCUAACGCGGCACAAAGCCCUCGCGCCGAACCGCAUCCGCGCCAUCGAAACAGGCGGCUGCCCCCACGCCGCCGUCCGCGAAGACAUCAGCGCAAACCUCCUCGCCCUCCAGAACCUGCACCGACAAUUCCAGACAGACCUGCUCCUGAUUGAGUCCGGCGGCGACAACCUCGCGGCCAACUACUCGCGCGAACUCGCCGAUUUCAUCAUCUACGUUAUCGAUGUUGCUGGCGGCGACAAGGUGCCGCGGAAGGGAGGGCCCGGCAUCACUGGCUCUGACCUGCUGGUCGUGAAUAAGAUUGAUCUUGCUGAGGCGGUGGGCGCUGAUAUCUCUGUGAUGGAGCGGGAUGCGGCGAAGAUGCGCGAGGGGGGUCCGACGGUUUUCGCGGUUGUUAAGAAGGAUCAGGGGGUCGAUCAUAUUAUCAACUUGAUUUUGAGUGCGUGGAAGGGGAGUGGGGCUUAUGAGCUUAGCUUGCAGAGGUGGAAGGAGGGGGUGCCUAGGGGGUCUGGGAGUAUUGACGAGGCUUAG